CGCGAAGAAAUAUGAGGGAAAAGUAUACUUUUCCAAUUUUUCUCCUCUCUCCGCUGCUUUAUCCAGUAUCCACUCGAAUGAAGGACGGAAAAUAGCUUCAUCUCCCUCUUCCACUCUGUGGUAUCGCUUCUCUCCCGCCGGGCAAACAAUGGCGGUCAUGCUAAACCAUCAUCUCUUCACCGCCUCCGGCGGCAGCAGCUUCGUCUGCAAGAUGUCCAAGACCAACCCGACGGUCUUCGUGGAGAAGAAGACCGGCUCCGUCGACUACGACAAAGGCGAGCACCUUGUUUCCACUGAGCUCAGCGGAGUCAGGCAAGCCAACAUUCCUAGACGCUACCGGCUCAGGGUCGAACGAGAUAGGUUCCAGAAGGACUGGUCCCUCUCCCAGGUGGUCCAGAAGGUUCUCGCGCUCGAUCCUCGCGGGGACGACGUGGAGGCCGUUUUGAACCACUGGGCUGGCCGCUUCGCUCGCAAGAAUUUCCCUUAUCUCAUCAAGGAGAUAACGCGGAAGGGAUCGUUGGACCACAGUCUGUUGGUUUUCAGCUGGAUGAAGAAUCAACAGAUUUAUCGUGCUUGUACUGAAAUCUAUAACAGGAUGAUCAUGUUGCUUGCUCGCCAUGGCCGGAUUGAUCAGGCUCGUGGGUUGUUCUUCGAAAUGCAGAAAUGGAGGUGCAAACCGGAUGUUGAGACUUACAAUGCACUUAUCAACGCCCACGGUAGAGCUGGUCAAUGGCGGUGGGGAUUGAAUAUAAUGGACGAGAUGCUGCGAGAAGCUAUAACACCUAGUCGGUCCACGUAUAAUAAUUUGAUUAAUUCUUGUGGAUCCAGUGGUAAUUGGAGAGAGGCACUGAAGCUUUGCAAGAAAAUGACUGAAAAUGGCGUUGGGCCUGAUUUAGUGACCCACAACAUUGUUUUAUCUGCUUACAAGACUGGAGCUCAGUAUGCAAAAGCCUUGUCUUACUUUGAGCUGAUGAAAGGAACAAGCAUUAGACCAGAUACAACAACAUUCAACAUUGUGAUUCAUUGCUUAGUUAAGCGUGGCCAGUAUGAGAAGGCCCUCGAUAUUUUCAAUUCCAUGAGGGAUAAGAGAGCAGAUUGCCAUCCCGAUGUUGUCACCUUUACAACAAUGAUCCAUUUGUAUUCUUCCAUGGGGAAGAUUGAGAAUUGUUCUGCUGUGUUCAAUACCAUGCUCGGUGAGGGACUGAGGCCUAAUAUUGUUUCAUACAAUGCAUUGAUUGGGGCAUAUGCUUCUCGUGGCAUGGGUAAAGAGGCACUUUCAGUUUUUGAUGAAAUGAGGAAGAAUGGGUUUUGUCCUGAUGUUGUGUCAUACACUUCCUUGCUGAAUUCAUAUGGGAGAUCUCAGCAGCCUGUGAAAGCAAGAGAAGUUUUUGAGAUGAUGAAGAGAGAAAAACUGAAACCGAAUAUUGUCACCUAUAAUGCAUUGAUUGAUGCCUAUGGAUCUAAUGGGUACUUGGCAGAAGCAGUGGGCAUCUUACGUGAAAUGGAGCUUGCUAGUAUUAAGCCAGAUGUUGUGUCUAUAAGCACUCUUCUAGCUUCAUGUGCCCGAUGUGGCCGAAAGGUUAAUAUCGAUGCAGUGAUUUCAGCUGCUGAAAUGCGGGAUAUCAGAUUAAACACUGUUGCUUACAAUUCAGCUAUUGGUGCCUAUAUGAACGUUGGGGAAUAUGAUAAGGCAGUUGCAUUGUUUCGAUCCAUGGGGAAAAGAAAAGUACUGCCUGAUUCUGUUACUUACAAUGUCUUGAUAAGUGGGUGUUGCAAGAUGUCAAAAUACAGCGAAGCUAUAGACUUUUUUGGCAAGAUGAUGGAUUCGAAAUUGCGAUUGACUAAGGAGGCUUACUCAUCUGUGAUUUCUGCCUACAGCAAGCAGGGCCUAGUUGCAGAGGCAGAAUCCGUGUUCAACAUGAUGAAGACGUCUGGCUGCUGUCCUGAUGUUAUCACCUACACUGCGAUGCUACACACAUACAAUGCUGCAGAAUGCUGGGAAAAAGCUUGUGCUUUACUUCAAGAAAUGGACGCCUAUAGCAUACAACCAGAUACUAUUGCAUUGUCUGCUUUAAUGAGAGCUUUCAAUAAGGGAGGUGACCAAGGCCAGGUCCUUGUCUUGGCACAGAUUAUGAGAGAUAAAGGAAUCCCGUUCAGUGAUGCCAUUUUCUUCGAAAUGGUUUCUGCAUGUAGCCUGUUGAGAGAUUGGAAGAAAGCACUUGAGUUGGUACAGCUGAUGGAGCCUUCUUUCCCUGUGAUUUCUGUUGGACUACUAAAUCAACUUCUUCAUCUUCUGGGAAAAAGUGGAAAAACAGAUUCUAUGAUCAAGUUAUUUUACAAGAUUAUAGCUUCUGGUGCUGAAAUAAAUUUCAACAGUUACUCCAUACUGUUGAAGAAUCUCCUGGCCGUUGGGAAUUGGAGAAAAUACAUCGAGGUAUUGGAGUGGAUGGAGAAUGCAAAAGUCGAGCCUUCUAAUGGAAUGUACGAAGACAUACUCAACUUUGCUCAAAAGCAUGGUGGAGAAUUUGCUGCUACCAUAAAAGCAAGAGUUGAAUCACUGAGAAGGCAGCCGGUCGAAAGCAACUUGUAAUGCUGAGUAGAUAGUUAAGACUUGAGAGAAGCUGUUAAAGAGGAUGGAAUGGUGCUUCAUUUCCUUAAGAGCUCUCAGUUGCAUUUUGCAGAGAAUUUAUUUGCUGUAUUAUGUAUAUAUGUAAAAAAAUAAAUUGUAGAUAAAACAAUUUUGUAACAGUUCGUCUAGUUAUAUUCAGUCAGCUCUUGGGAGAAGUAAUCACUCUUAUCAGUUGAAGAAGUCUAAUCAGUCGGUUACGUGCCACAACAUGGCUCUUGUAGUGUUCGUUUUAAUUGUUCUUAUUUACUUUGACUAUCAUUUCACGAAGAAGCCGUUGUAUUGUGGCUCUCUCGUGCUUACCUAGUUAAUCCGGAAGGGUUUCUAUGAAAAAAAAAAAAAAAAAGUCU